GCCGGGCAGCUCGGGCGGGGCGGAAGCGGAGGCGAAGGACCCCCCCCCGGCCGGUCGGCCGGCGCAGCGGCGGCUGACGUGUGCCUGGGGGCGGUGGCGGCGGUUCCUGGGCCCGGACCGGAUCAUGUCGAAAGUCACCUUCAAAAUCACGCUGACCUCGGACCCGCGGCUGCCCUACAAAGUGUUAAGUGUGCCUGAAAAUACACCUUUCACAGCUGUCUUGAAGUUUGCUGCAGAAGAAUUCAAAGUUCCUGCAGCAACAAGUGCUAUUAUAACAAAUGAUGGAAUAGGAAUAAACCCUGCACAGACAGCAGGAAAUGUUUUCCUAAAGCAUGGUUCAGAACUACGGAUUAUUCCCAGAGAUCGUGUUGGGAGCUGCUAAUAUCUACUGGGUGGUUUUGGAAUAAGUGAAAUCACCAUGUUAAAGAAUAAAUGGUCAUAUUUAUUUUGGAAUUAGUACAACUAAUGAAUCAGCCUGUUUUAAAAUUACUUACAAUGACUUCCUGGGAUUUAAAAAUUAAUUAAAAACAGAGUUUUCAUUUUCUUUCCCUGUUAGCAUUUAACAAAUCAUAAGCUGGCCUGGCCCUUCAUCUACUAAUAAAAGAAUGGUCUGAUGUAAUGCUAUAUUCUUGAAAGCAGGAUGGACCUCUUUCUUUUUACUAACAGAACCUCUUAGGAAAUGUUAUUGAAAACAAAAGGGCAAACCUUGUCAGUAGAAACAUACAAGUGUGAUUGAUGGAUUAAUAACAGAAUCCUGUAUUUAGAAGUUCAUUUCAUGGAGGGAGAAGCUGUGUUUGAUUUUUAGAAAAAGAGACCAUUAGGAGAAAUGCUUUCCUACUGAAAGCUAAAAAACAUAAGUUUAAGCCCUGAAUUAUGUAUAAUGUACAUUGUCAAACUCAAAGAAACAGUUUUCCUCACCGUUAAAAUUGUCAGUCCAAAUAGAGGGGGUAUCUUGAAAACUUCAGACUCUUGUUAUUGAAAUAUGCAGAGAACUUCUAAGAAAUGUAAAUACUUGGCUACAAUCAUAAGGUACUGGAAAAAAAAUUAAUUAAAGAAAAAUAAAUAUACUUUUGUUAAAUCUUCAUUUGAGCUUCAUUGGUCAAACUAGCUUUUACAAAUUUUCACUGAUGCUGGAUUUAACAUUUUAAAUAAAGUGUCCUCAACUGAAGGGUGGUGUAAAAACACAAAUCAUGGGAAUCCCAUGUGCUGUAUGGUAGGGAUUUAUCGGUUGAGUACUACAUUCCUUCAUCAGCAAACAUAUUUAUUUGAGGAAAAUGUCUUAGUUUGUUGCUACUGUGUGUUACUUGGAAAACAGUGUUGGAAUCACUUGUAUGUUUGUAUAUUCAGAAAUUAAGCAUUUUGUUUAUAAAUUGUCUGAAGUUAAAUUGUUACAUCAACCACUGACCUACAUUGGAGAAACCAGUAUGUCUUGUUUUGACACACAAUGAUAUACUGUAGUUUCAAGAUAGUAUGCAUUUUGCCAAACAAAUCAUUAUUGCAUUUUAUCUAUCCUCAUACAUUUAAUUUAUUGAGGUUACAAAAAAUUGAACAAUAAACAAUAAUACUUCGUAAAAACAA